GUCUGUUCCAGAACGACACCUGGAUCAAGGAGAAGCUGCGAACAAGUUGUGGCAAGGGCAACACCUCCUGCGCCGUCGUGACGGUGGACAAGAUGAUCUGCGAGGGACUCGAGGUCGCUGGCUUUCAGGGCUUGCUAGGCAGCACGACUCAGCUCCAGGGCGCGCUCAACGUCACCAUGAACAGGUCGUCGGCGCAGUUUGGCGUGGACACGGACUUCCGCAAAGAGCUCUUCAAGUUCACCACGGACACGCACUGGCCCGCCAGCAGCCGCGACGACGGCUCAGCUUUCGCCCGCCUGGUUACCAAGAUGAUGUCGUCGCAGCCGCUGAAGGUGCUGGUCAACCAUACCUGUGACGACAUGGACGAGGAGAUCCAGCCGCACUGCUACAAGAGCGCGCCUCGCGCUCUGUUCUGCCAGGCGCUCACCCAGACCGCCGCGAGGAUGAAGGACGCGGACGAGUUGGUCCCCCUGCUCGUGGAGGCUGUGAAGCUCCGCGGUGACUCGGAGGAACCCCUGGGCGGCGGGUCUCCGCGCUGGCUCGGCGGGAGGGGUCUUCAGAUCUGGGCGGCGCAGCAAAAGUCGUGA